GCGCGUCCGCCCUCCCGCGCCACUUCCGACGCAGCGCUUGGUUCAGGUUCCGGGGCGCCGCGGAGCUCCCGGCCUGUGGGUAGCGCGUGGCGCUCUGUGGCGGCCGGGAUGGAGGAGGCCGGAGCGGUGGUGGCCACGGCCGGGGAGUCCGAACUGAACUUGUCCCGCCUCAGCGUGUCCCCCGAGACCCUGGAGUCGGAGCUGGAGGCGCGGGGCGAGGAGCGGCGCGGCGCGCGGGAGGCGCUGCUGCGGCUGCUGCUGCCGCACAACCAUCUGGUGUCGCUGCCGCGGGCUCUGGGCAGCGGCUUUCCGCACCUCCAGCUGUUGGACGUGAGCGGCAACGCGUUGACCGCGUUGGGGCCGGAGCUGCUGGCGCUGCGCGGCCUGCGCACGCUGCUGGCCAAGAACAACCGGCUUGGCGGGCCCGGCUCGCUGCCCAAGGGCCUGGCCCAGUCGCCGCUCUGCCGCAGCCUCCAUGUGCUCAACCUUAGCGGGAACUGCUUCCAAGAGGUUCCAGCCUCGCUGCUGGACCUGCGCGCGCUGCACACCCUCAGCCUCGGUGGCAACCAGCUUCAGAACAUCCCAGCCGAGAUCGAGAACUUGAGGAGUUUAGAGUGUUUAUAUCUUGGAGGAAACUUCAUCAAAGAAAUCCCGCCAGAAUUAGGAAAUUUGCCUUCUCUAAAUUACUUGGUAUUAUGUGACAACAAAAUCCAAAGUGUGCCUCCUCAGCUUUCACAGUUACAUUCACUUCGUUCCCUCAGUCUUCACAAUAACUUGCUGACAUACCUGCCUCGAGAGAUCCUCAACCUUAUUCAUUUGGAAGAAUUGAGUUUGCGAGGAAAUCCAUUGGUUGUUCGUUUUGUUAGAGAUUUAACGUAUGAUCCUCCAACUCUCCUGGAGUUAGCUGCACGGACCAUUAAAAUUCGAAAUAUUUCCUAUACUCCCUAUGAUCUUCCUGGGAAUCUUCUUAGAUACUUGAGUUUAGCCAGCAAUUGCCCAAACCCAAAGUGUGGAGGAGUCUACUUUGAUUGCUGCGUCAGACAAAUUAAAUUUGUGGACUUCUGUGGGAAAUACCGUCUCCCCCUGAUGCACUACCUGUGUUCACCGGAAUGCUCUUCCCCUUGCAGCUCUGCCUCUCACAGCUCCACAUCCCAGAGCGAAUCUGACUCAGAAGAUGAAGCCAGUGUGGCUGCACACAGAAUGCAGAAAGUUCUUCUUGGUUGAAAAGGGAAGCAGGGCGGUGUGAAACACUAAAAGACUGAGCAGAGGUGGUUAGAAAAGAGAAUAGACUUGGAAGUUCACUAGAAACCGUACCUUCAUCUUAAAUGUCCAUGACGGAGUUGGAGAUGGUGUAAAAGAUUUUGUGUUUCUAGCCAUUCAGCAGGAAUGAGUCCAGUUCCAUGUUUGGAUUCUUUUAAAUUCACUCUGAAUGGCAGUUUCAGAUUUAACUGAUUGUUUGCAGUUUUCACUCAAGUUUUGCAUGAAUCACACAGCAGAAUGGAACAUCCUGAAGAUGUUCCAUUGCUAUAAUAAACCAUGAGUGUUAACUUGUGAUAGUUGAUAUGAAGAUAGAAAUGAUCAAAGAUGUCAUUUUUACCAGAGUUGUCCUUGAGUUUAGGUUGAACACUAUACCGUAACAGGAUUAGCCCUACAUUCUUGUAUUGCCCAUAUGUCUAGAUUACAGAGUUAUUCGGAUAAGCUCACAGAUGGUUACAUAGGACCUAAACCUUUCUCAGCUACUGACUGGUAAAGUAAGGGAUAUAACUUUCAUGUGGGGUUUUAAAACUCUUCACUUCUGCUCCUUUGUUCUGUACGAUUGUUGUUACCCUUGUAUAAUCCAGCAAUGACUGUAAUAGUGCCUUAAUCAUAACAAGGAUUUAGAAAUUUAUUCAAGAAAUGAUACCAGAGCAGCCUAUAACCUGACAUACUAUGCAGAACACUUUAAAAUAUGCUUUAAUGGGACUAGGUAAACAGCUGUAUAUCUGACAUCUGAGCUCAUAGCCACCUUAACCUCAUUUUUUGUUUAAACAAAUCACUUUUAUAAUUAAUGGGAGGCCACGAUCUUGAUCAGUCUGUUCAUCAUAAGACAGAAUAAUAGUUUUGUUUUGUUUUUGUGGUACGCGGGCCUCUCACUGUUGUGGCCUCUCCCGUUGCGGAGCACAGGUUCCGGACGCACAGGCUCAGCGGCCAUGGCUCACGGGCCCAGCCGCUCCGUGGCGUGUGGGAUCUUCCCGGACCGGGGCACGAACCCGUGUUCCCUGCAUCGGCAUGCAGACUCUCAACCACUGCGCCACCAGGGAAGCCCAGAAUAAUAGUUUUUAAUGGAAAAAUCUGUCAGAUUUCUUUUAACAGAAAAGAGAUGUAAGAUAGGAAACUUCUUUAUGUCUUGCGUUAAAGGAGUGGGAAAAUGAUUUUAAAGGUUUUAGCAGUCCAGUAUGACUCCUUUGCCUGUGUGUACUGAACUGUAACUUCCUCUAAUUUUAAAGAAAAACUAGAGAAACAUUACAAGUGAAAUAAAAUUGGGCACAGCAGUCAUUGUGUUUUUACACAAUAGAACAGUUUCCAAAACAAGUUUAACCAUGGAGUAGUUUUUGAAAAUAAUAUAUUGAUAAAAUAUUUUAAAUGUAUUAAAUAUACCCUUAAAGUACAGCAGAAAAAUGGUUUCACAAAUUGCCAGUAGAAAUGACAAAUGUUUACUAACUAGUAUGCAGUAAAAAUUGAGUAACAGUACAACUGUAAGUUGACAUUGUAAAAUAAAAUACAUAGCACACAUUAGCAAUCGUUAGCUAACUAAUCUGUAAUAACGUAAUGGUUUGUUGGUAAAUACUACCUGUAGAGUAAUACAAAGGUCAGAAACACAUUGGAACAUCAGAUGAUCUCCCUUCUGACUUCUGGCAUUCAUGACUGGGGCACACCAUUUCCUAAAAGCAAGUUGUAUAAUAAUGAUAUGUACAUAUGUUAGGUUUUUGUCACAUAUAUUUUUUAUUUUAGAAGAAAAUAUACUGUAGGAUAGUUUGUUUGUUUAUUAUAUGUUAAAUCAUGAAACAUCAUGAGAGUUUCAUGACUGCAGUUGUGAAACGCUGCUAUAGAGUGAUUCCCUUCACUCUGUUGUAAUAAGAUUCUUUUUUCCUUUUGAUCCAGAAAUUUUCUGACUAUGUCUGUAGAAGUAAUGUAGUAUCUUUCUACUGCCUAGCAGAGUAGUACAUGGGUGAUUAUAUCAUAAAACGGAGGUAAUAAAAAGUCUUUGUUUACUUCUCCAUUUGAGCCACAGCAGGCUGCGUAUUACAAAAUUAUAAAAGAUAAAAGAUGAUUUAGGCAGUGCCUAAAUGGCAAGCCCAAAGUGUUUUGUAAGUAAGUGAUUUAGGUAAGAUACAUAAAAUAUUUUCAUAGAAAAUAAUGUAUUCAUAGUAAAAUAAAUUGAUAGGAGCAAAUUUUUCUGGCUUAAAUUCCUCGGUUUACUUCCUAAUUAAUUACCAGUUUGAUCUAAGUAACAGCUUGGGUAAUCUUCUAAGAGUUAGUCUUUGUGAAAUAAACAGGUAGAUAUGUAAAUAGAUGCUUAACCUUGCCAGAAGAUACACUGAUUGAUCUUUUACAGAUGUAAAUAGAUCCAACCAGAAACAGUUUCUAGCCUUUGCUGUGUAAUGUAGAUAUAUACAUUGUAUACAGCAAAAUGUCUUUCAACAAAAUGUUUGUUAUGCUUCUCUAUAUGUACAUUUGAAAAUCUCUGAUCAGUAUGCAGCUCUCUUUGGUGACUUUUACUGAAGUCUACAUUUUAGCUCUUAGUUCUAUCUUUUUUUUUUAUCUUUGACCUAACCUUUUAUAAGAGCUGCUAAUAAUUUCUAAGCUUUUCCUGAGCUGCUAAUAAUUUCUAAGCUUUCCCGUUUCUUUUCUCUACCUUCCCUGUUUUCAUAACUGGUGACUGUAGAAAUUAACCAGAAGUGAGUUACAGUUCCAGAGUCAUAUAGCUAACUAUGUAUUUAAAUUGAAAGUCUCUCUAGUUGCUGAGUCACUUGUUUGUGUGUAAGUUUUUGAUACUGCUCUACUUGGACAAUUUUAGUGACCAAAACUUCUGUGGAUAAAACUACUUAACCAAAGCAUAAAUGGGUUUAGAAUGGAAUUCUUCAGUGCUAAUAUUUGGAAUUGAAAUGGAACAUUGAAUAUUCUUAGUAAUCUUUAUUCCUAGAAUCCAAUUCUCUCAGUGUCACCAAACUGAGUCAGUGAAAUGGUCCUAGGAUUUUAGGAAAUAGGAAGAUUAGCUACUAUAACGUUUUGCUUCCAUGGUGCCAGGGAUUGGCUGACCUGAGGACAAGCUAGUCAGGGUUCUCAGCAUUCUCUGUAUUUGUGUAGUAGAGGUAGAUCUGAGGGUUACUGUUCAUAUUUUACUUCUAAAUGCUUCCUGGGGGAGUCUCUUACUCUGAAAUUCUUGAUAUUUGGAACUUAAAGUUAACAAAUGUAAAAGUAAAGACUUGUAUUAUAAACUGUACCUCAAACUUGAGAAAUUUUUGUACUAAUGUAAAGUUAAAAGCAGUCCACACUAGUGCAGGGUAAUACUGCAGACCAGUUCUACCAAACAUUGUAAAUACCAAUUUAAACAAAAGAAGACAAGGGAAAGGCUGAUGGUUGGAGUGUAAAAUGAAAGAAAUCUUUAAAAACCACAAAAGGCAGGGAAAGAGAAGUCACCAGACACCCAAGGAGAUCCCUGAGCCAAGAAAGUUUUUUAAAGUAAUACUGAAUUGUUUUGAAAUUAAGUGGCCCACUACCUACCAUCUGAAAGCCUGUUUAUCACUAAAUUUCUUCAGUUUCUGCUAGUGGGAGAUUGUCCACAUCCCUCCAUAAUGAAGGGCUAGCAAAUAAUUGGAUUUUCUUACACCCAGCCUUGCUCUUUCCAAAGGGAGAAAGUAAUACCUCGUUAACCUGGAAUUUGUGGUACACCUUUGGUUAAUGUUUACCUUUUCACUAUGUAAAAGAGAAAAAAUACUAAGCAAAUGAUUACUGCAAAUUAAGUUUGAUCUUAAAAAACAUUUUAGCAGUAGCUAUUUAUAAAAAAAAGUUAUUCUAAAUAAGACCCUUUGUGGGCAGAACUUUUUAUCAGUUAUAAUAUGUAUAUAUAGUAUAUAAAAUUAGUUAAGCUGCAUUUAUUUAGAAAUACCUAAUUUUUACCUAAAUGACUCCCUUUAUUCUCAUCCAAAGUAGAGAUUUUAUUAUGACAGUAUAACUAUCACUCCCCAUUUAGUCCAAAAUAGUCAGUUUUGAAGUUAUGUUGAGCAUUAACAACAGUAAAGGCUGCUGUAUAGGUUUUAGGCAACGUGACCUGGAAUUCAUAGUUCUGAUCCCCGCUGUACAGGAAAGAAGUAUUUGACCUUCACUGUUCCUGUAUUAAGCACUAUAGUCUAUAACAUUAAUCUGAUGAAUUUAAUAGCAUCCAAUUUUGUAUUUUAUAGUCAUGAUCUUUUUAAAGGUAGCAGUGCCUUCAGUUGUGCUUUGAAAGUAUGUGCCUUAAAUCUUCCUCGCUGGAGCCAAAGUUUGGGGAACUAUGUCAUUUAAUAAGUUGUGUGUGACAGCCUCAUGAUGCUUUGCUUUGAGUUGAAGGAGAAUGACUGUGAUCCUGAAGGACCCCUUCCACUAAAACUAGACCUAAUGUCUCUGAGUCUAGGGCUUUUGGAGAAGGAAUCCCAAUCAUACAUACUGUCAUAGAAGGAUUAGAGUCCCUGAAAUAAAAUCAGUGAAAAAGUAUAUUCUCGUUCAUAUAAAGAAAAUAUAUCUGCUACCACUAAGGGAUGACAAGUUCCUAACGAAUUCAUAUUAAUAGCAUCAUAUAAAGAUAUUAUUGCCAUGAAGCCUAGCACGUUUUGUGCUUUCUUUGUAAUACCAGGUUAAAAAGGGGGUAUGGUUUAAUAUUUUUGCAUGUAAAUAUCCCCAUUCUUUUUAUGUCUCUAUUUGGUUCAUAUUUGCUAAGAAUUGAUGUAGAAAAUAACAGUUCACUAACAACAAACAUGACACAUUAUUGAACACUCACAGGGUAAUAUUGAUUUGGGUGCUACUAGACUUUUACCUAGCACUUGCUGGUCAGUCUCAGUUUAUCGUAAGGGACAGUAUUCAAUCUAGUUAAUAUUAAAAUUUGUUAGUAUGAAGAAGAUUAUUUAUAUACCAUUAUACUAGAAAGCCAUGGUUGGAGAGACCAUCUGCAUUCAACAGAAGUUACUUUCUUCCUUUUGCUGUGAAUAAAUUGGGUAAAACUCUUAUUUUCAAUUCCAGUUUUGGGAAGAAACUGGGGAUAAGCUUGACAUCACUAUUGCUGGUACUACAAAAGCAUUACUAAAUUGGUUAAUUCUGUCUACAACUGGUGUUUUAAGAGAAUCCUUUCACUAACUUAAAUGGUUGACAAUGAUGUGUUACUGAGAAGGAUUAUUAACCUCAACAAUCACUUUACAACAAUUAUGGAGCAAAUGGUGUGCCUGCAAUUGGUGUCUGUUGCAUUUCUGAGCCCACUUUGUAUUCAUGAGAAACAAAAAUAUAAUGGGAGAAAUAUUUUAACCAGUAUUUUAACUUUUUAUAAAGUUUGGGACUUUAAAGUAUCAACAAAGGAUAUCAAAAAUAUAUGUACUUUUAUUACCUGAUUUCUUAAUUUUCUGUAUUUGCAUUCUUGUGACUUAAGAAUAUCUAUAUCUGUAGGUAUAUAUAUAUAUAUAUUUAAAACAAUGGUUACAAUAAAUGUAAUUCAGCAGUGUGACUCAAUUACAUUUUAUUUUUGGGACAAGAUAUAGUUUAUUGCAUCAAAUUUAUGUAUUACCUUGUAAUGGUAAAUGCUCUAAAAAGAGUAUUUAAGCUACUUCAAUUCUAUACCUCCUUUUUUUCCCCCAGGACACACAAAAGAAUGUGAUCUAAUAUUAACCGUCUGUGUGAAUUUUGCCUUAUCAAACAUUGUGCCUUAUUUUAUUAAAAGUGUUUUGUUGGAAUCUAAUUCUGUAUUCUGGAAAAGCAAAAAUAUUUUAGUUUUAAUUGGCAAGCAUUUACUUAAAAAAUCUAAAAUCCUUA